CGUAGCUAGCGUUGGCUCUUGAGAUGCUCUUCAGACAGAACAUCAGUGCAUAAAUGGGCGCCAAAGUUCUUCGAUAAUCUAAGAAGAAGAAGAAAAAAAAAGGUCUAUUAUGGGCCGAAAAUUCUUCAUCGGUGGUAACUGGAAAUGCAAUGGGACUACUGAAGAGGCGAAGAAGAUUGUUGGGACUUUGAAUGAGGCUAAUGUCCCUGGGGAAGAUAUUGUGGAGGUUGUUGUGAGCCCUCCUUUUGUGUUCCUAUCCUUUGUAAAAGCUUUACUGCACUCUAACUUCCAUGUUGCUGCUCAAAACUGUUGGGUUCACAAAGGCGGUGCUUAUACCGGGGAGGUCAGUGCUGAAAUGCUUGUGAAUUUGGACAUUCCUUGGGUUAUUCUUGGUCCAUCUGAACGAAGACUGCUUUUAGAAGAAUCAAAUGAGUUUGUGGGAGAUAAAGUAGCGUAUGCACUUUCACAAGGUCUGAAAGUUAUUGCUUGCAUUGGAGAGACGCUUGAACAGCGUGAAGCUGGUACAACAUUGGCUGUUGUUGCUGAGCAAACAAAAGCAAUUGCAGCUAAAAUACCAGAUUGGGAUAAUGUUGUUUUGGCCUAUGAGCCAAUUUGGGCCAUUGGGACAGGAAAGGCUGCAACUCCUGCUCAGGCACAAGAGGUCCAUGCUGACUUGAGGAAAUGGAUUCAUGACAACGUGAGUGCUGAAGUUGCUGUGACUGUGAGACUUAUCUAUGGAGGUUCUGUAAAUGGAACAAACAGCAAGGAAUUGGCAGCACAGCCUGAUAUUGAUGGAUUUUUGGUUGGCCGUGCUUCCUUGAAGCUGGAGUUUGUCGACAUCAUCAAUGCUGCCACUGUGAAGAAGAACUGAAUUCCUAGUUAGGAACUUGUAUGCUGCCUUUCAAGCUGCUUCAGAAAUUAGUGUGUUUUGUGGCCAGUGCUUUGAACUCGUCUUUAGUACUGAAUAAAUAUGAUUUCCUUUCACGUAAUCUGUAGGGUAUCAAUUGGAUUUUGUGGUUAAACUUCUCAUAAAACACAGUGUAACUGCCAUAACAAUUGGUGGGUAAAUAAUAAUAUUGAACGCCAGAGUUUUUGUUGA